GAACUUGCGUGUCCCUACGUGCUGAAGCAUUCACAGUUUCCCUUUCUGCGAUCCACAUUCCUUACGCGUAAAUUCCAAAACCAUCGAAAUCGCCAUCCAAAUGUGAGGCAAUUGCAUCAAUGGAGUAUUAUUUUUCUCCUCUUAAGUUGCAGAGAUCUCGUCGGUUCCUAGUGAAUCCCCACAACACUUCAUCUUCAAAGCCCUUAUUCAUCUUCUUUUUCUUCUUUCUCUGCAACUUGUCUUAUGUAUUCACUAACCCUUCGGAUUCGGCUUUCGAAUCUACCUACGUUCGCCUCUGCAACCACGUCGUCCCCGCCUCCGCGGUGCGAUCCGAUGCCGGAACCGUUCCCGGUGUCGCCGGCGAGCUCCGGUUCCAAUCCGGCUACUUCUCCGGCGGCGAUCGAUUCUUCAACCGAUCCGCUGCAUCAAAGCACGUGUCGUUUCGCGCAACCUCUGUUAGCGGAAGCGCGAGCGAUGGCGUGUACGAAUUGGGAGGGCAAAUGCUUCUUCAGCAACGAGGAGGAGGGAACACAGUUCAGGGAAGGUUGCUCCGGCGAGUUUUUCCGGGUCGGAGAGUGUCGCAUUGGAGGGUUUCGCAGUGGAUGCGCGUUUCUCUGAGAGGGUUUUGGUCACAAUCUUCUGGUAACCUUUGUAUGUUUGGAACAGGAUCUUAUGGAAAUUUAAAAAAUGCUAAUGUUGUUCUUAACCUUCAUUAUCCAAAAAAUUUGAUCCUUUUGGAUUGUUUGAUUAGUGGGACAUUAGAAAGUUUUGAUGACAAAAAUAGCUUGCAAUACUUUGAACCCAUUUCAAUAUUGGCUUUGUCUCAGGGUUCGAAUUACAAGUAUACACUAGUUGGGAAUGAGAAAGAGAAUGGUUGUGGAAGUGGAUCAGAUGUAGAGAGUUUGUCCCUUAGAAACUUAGGUCAAGGUGCCUGCACUGCGUUUCUUGGACGCACCGAUAGGUUUGAACUGGAUUAUGGGAGCCACUGUCAUAAUGUCAGUUGCAAUCCUCUUGGUGGUGAUGUUGAACGGUUGCCUGAUGUUAUGCUUUUUUAUGGCACUCGAUGCGCCGAGAGGCAGAAGGUUCAGAUGCUGUUGGGUUUUCCUGACUCUUCCCACCGGGACGCUUUGUUUCCGUUUUAUACAAAUGCGACUUUGGUAUCUGAGGGGAUGUGGGAUGAGAAGGAGAAUCGGCUUUGUGCGGUUGCUUGCCGGAUCUUGAACUUCACUGAGUCUGGGAGUAAUCCUCUGGUUGGGGAUUGCUCGAUUAAGCUCACUUUAAGGUUUCCUGCAGUUUUGUCUUUGAGGAACAGGAGUACUGUUUUGGGCCAGAUUUGGAGUAAUAAAGUGGUUGGUGAAUCUGGUUAUUUCGGUAAAGUUGGAUUUCAAGGUUCAUUGAAGGUAUUAAGAGGCCUCCAUGGUUUCCAAUAUAAGUAUGCUGAAAUUGAGAGAGUAAGAAAAUCUUGUGCAGAAAAGAUGACUGCAAGAGGCAAGGGAAAGAUGUAUCCAGAUGGACAUUCUUCUGAUAUGACAUUUAGCAUGUUAGUGACAAACAGUAGAGGACAAAUAGCUCAAGGUUACUCAUCACCACUGUUUGUUGGGGAUCAAAUUUAUGAUGGACGGCAAUAUGGGGUUCCAAUUGUGUCAACAACAGGAAAAUUGAAAGCACACGGUAUUCAAUCAGAUAAAUACAGCAAUUUGUUGAAUGUCAGCUAUAUGAUGAGCUUUACUUCCCCUCCUGAUUUCAAGUUUGGUAGUCAGGUCUCUUCAACUGAAGUUAAAAUUAGUGCUGAAGGAAUUUACAAUAGGAAUACUGGAGUUCUAUGUAUGAUAGGAUGUCAGCAUUUGAAAUCAAGGAACAAAAUACUGAUAAAGAAUGAGUCUCUGGACUGUGAAAUCUUGGUUAAUGUCCAAUUUCCUCCGUUGAAUUCAAAAGGAGGUGAAUCUCUUAAAGGAACUGUAGAAAGCACACGACCAAAGUCAGACCCUUAUUAUUUUGGUCCCCUUCAACUGUCUUCAUAUUCCAUUUACACAAGCCAAGCAGAUGCUUCCAUUUGGAGAAUGGAUUUUGAGAUAAUUAUGGUAUUGAUAUCAAACACACUUGCUUGUGUGUUUGUAGGAUUGCAACUCCUCCAUGUGAAAAAGCACCCAGAUGUGCUUCCUUACAUUUCCAUUGUGAUGCUUCUUGUUAUCACUAUAGGUCACAUGAUUCCCCUGAUGUUGAACUUUGAAGCUUUUUUCUUGGUGAACCACAGCGUGCAGAAUGUUUUUCUUGGGAGUGGAGGCUGGCUUGAAGUGAAUGAGGUAAUUGUGAGAAUGGUGACAAUGAUAGCCUUUCUUCUAGAAUUGCGUCUUGUACAAUUGACAUGGUCUUCAAGAAAGGGUGAGGGAGGCCACCCCGGUCUGUGGAUUUCUGAAAAAAAGGUUUUUUAUAUGACUCUACCAUUGUACAUUGGUGGUGGAUUGACUGCUUGGUUGGUGCAUAUAUGGAAGAAUUCACACCAAAAAAAAUUUAGACCAUUCCGACUUUCACGCCACAGGUUUAGGUUUCCUCGUGGGCAUUUUUACCGAUCUCCUUCCCUCUGGGAGGACUUUAAAUCUUAUGCUGGUUUGCUCCUGGAUGGUUUUCUGCUCCCACAGAUUCUGCUUAACAUAAUAUUUAACUCAGAAGGGAAAGCUCUGUCUUCUUCCUUUUAUGUUGGGACAACCAUUGUUCGCAUACUGCCCCAUGCAUAUGAUCUUUAUAGAGCUCACAGUUCUGCGUGGUACCUUGAUUUAUCAUAUAUAUAUGCAAACCAUAGAAUGGAUUUUUAUUCCACAGCCUGGGACAUCAUUAUCCCUAGUGUUGGCAUUUUAUUUGCUCUCCUUGUAUACAUUCAGCAGAGAUUUGGCAGCCGGUGCAUUCUUCCAAAGAGGUUCAGAGAAAUUUCAGGCUAUGAGAAAGUACCUGUUAUUGGCAACGACGAUUUAUGAUAGCUUAAUAUUGAUUGCAUUUUGUAAAUGAUUUUUAACCACCGAUAUUUUUUAUUGAGUUUUGGAAGCCAUAAAUUGCGAUGGCAGAUAUACAGUUCAGGAUAUAGCAAUAGAGGAUGAUUUUGCCCAUAUCAAGCAACCCCAGAGAAAAACAUGCUGAGUAGAUGAGGACUUAGCAUUUCUAUUUAGAGUUCAUAAAAUUUUGACCAAAAGAUUUUUUUUCUCUCUUUCUCCAAACAUGACAUUACAUUUUAUUAGACAAUACAAAUUCCUUGAUAGCUUUGUUAAUGCCAAUGCAAGGUUCUAAGACCAUUGAUGAAAAGGAGAAAAAAAAGCAGGAUGCUGAAGACACUCCCCAUAUCACUAGUUAAAUUAUGAAGCUUCCCAU